AUGCGCAUCUUCGCACCCAACGCGGUGGUGGCCAAGUCUCGCUUCUGGUACUUCUUGAUGAAGCUCCGCAAGGUGAAGAAGUCCAACGGUGAAGUCGUCGCGCUCAAUGUCAUCCACGAGAAACGCCCGUUGAAGGUCAAGAACUUUGGCAUCUGGAUCCGCUACGAUUCUCGCUCCGGCACGCACAACAUGUACAAGGAGUACCGCGAGCUGAGCCGCACCGCGGCCGUCGAGGCCCUGUACCAAGAUAUGGCUGCCCGCCACCGUGCCCGAUUCAGGAGCAUUCACAUCCUCAAGGUCGUCGAGCUCGCCCGCGCUGACGACGUCAAGCGACCAUACAUCAAGCAGCUCAUCUCCAAGGGCCUCAAGUUCCCUCUACCCCACCGCAGCACCAAGUCCAAGAAGCUGUUCACCCCGAACCGACCCAGCACUUUUGCUUAA